GCUAGGCUCGCAGAGCCGCCGAGGACUGUCCGACUCCGAAGAGGAUUGCCGCUCGGAAGAAUUGAAAAACGAAAUAGUUUUAUGCCGAUAACGGAGUUGAGGUCUGAACCCGUUCGGUCGGCCGGGGCGCCGUUGGGCACCACCUAAACGCCGCGGCCCGAGUCGCGGCGUUCGUCGGGACGAUCGGAUUGAAUGUGGAUUCACUACAACAGGCCGCGUCGCCAUUGCUCGCAAGAGCCUUUGCUGUUUUCACAAACUCGGCUCCCGGGAAAAUAAGGGUCAUAUAGGCCUUCUGAGAUGAGGAAAAAAUGUCGACAUCACCGUGUGGCGACGCCGAAGAGGGCGUCUUCACCCAUCAAGCCUUCACCCAACCGGGAAACUCUGACUUAUGCCCAGGCCCAGCGCAUGGUGGAGCUGGAGGUGGACGGUCGUGUACAUCGGCUAAGUAUAUACGACAAGCUGGAUGUAAUCAUAGACGAUGAUCCAACAGCCCAGGAGAUAAUGGAGUGCAACAGCAACAAGGAGAACAAUGAGAAGCCCCAGCAAGUUUUGGUGCGGUCAGUGCGUCUCAAGAACAGUCGGCAGAAAAAGAACGCAGCGUUGACCACCACGCAUGGUACUGCCACCCUUGGAGGUGGGAGCGCUCUCCUGGAACCCAAGUUUCGCAACGUGGAGUACAAUUUGCCGGUCGUGCCAAAGAGACCGGCAACUUAUUAUAAGUAUAUGGAAAGGACGGCCGAGGAGCUUGAUGAGGAGGUGGAAUAUGAUAUGGAUGAGGAGGAUUAUGCUUGGUUGGAGCUUCUCAAUGAGAAGAGGAAGAGUGAGGGCAUCAGCCAGGUGUCGUACAACCUAUUUGAGUUCCUCAUGGAUCGCUUUGAGAAGGAGUCCUACUUUGCUACCCAAGGACAGAGUGACAUGCAGUCACUAGUUGACGAGGACGCCGUUUGCUGCAUCUGCAUGGAUGGAGACGGUGCCGACAGCAAUGUCAUCCUCUUCUGUGACUCGUGCAACAUUGCUGUGCACCAGGAGUGCUACGGUGUGCCCUAUAUCCCAGAGGGCCAGUGGCUGUGUCGCCACUGCCUCCAGUGCCCCUCACGGCCUGCUGAAUGCGUCUUCUGCCCCAACCGGGGAGGUGCCCUCAAGAAGACGGACGACGACCGCUGGGGGCAUGUGGCUUGCGCCCUGUGGGUUCCCGAGGUGGGCUUCUCCGACACGGUCUUCAUUGAGCCCAUCGAUGGAGUCAGCAAUAUCCCGCCUGCCCGCUGGAAGCUCACGUGUUACCUGUGCAAGGAGAAAGGUGUUGGGGCCUGCAUCCAGUGCCACAAAGUCAAUUGUUACACUGCCUUCCAUGUCAGCUGUGCACAGAAGGCAGGCCUCUACAUGAAAAUGGAACCAGUCAAAGAGGUGACAGAGUCAGGUGCUGCAACUUUUUCUGUGAAAAAAACCGCCUACUGUUGUGCUCACACACCUGAAGGCUGUGACAAGAGGCCGCUCAAUAUUUACGAGGAGGCUCACACUAAGAAUGGAGCUUGUCACAAACGAGGAGAGAAAAGAGGGAGGGCCAGGCUUAAAGGUUGGCAGAAGAAGAGUAAAAGAGCAGAGCCAGAGCUGGAACCAGAAGCACCGGCAAACUCUGGUCCAAGCAUCACCCCAUCUAGUUUUGAAACAAUCCUCAACCAGGUGGCUGUCCAGAGGAAAAGACCAUUUGUGGAGCGGGUCUUGAGCUACUGGGUGUUAAAAAGGCAGUCAAGGAACAAUGUGCCACUGAUCAGACGGCUGCAGGCUAAUCCCCAGCCUCAGAAAACAAAGCAGCCGGAGUACCGACUGGAGACAAACAAGGCACUGAAAGAACAGCUUAAAGAAUGGCAUCGUUUACGUCACGACCUGGAGCGUGCUCGCCUCCUGCUGGAGCUGAUCAGGAAGAGGGAAAAGCUAAAAAGAGAGGAGAUGAAGCUCCAACAAUCAAUACUGGAGGUCCAGCUCACGCCUUUCAACAUCCUGCUCAGAGCUGUUCUGAGCCAGUUGCAAGAAAAAGAUUCUUACAGAAUCUUUGCUCAACCUGUCAGCACCAAGGAGGUUCCUGACUACCUAGACCACAUCAAGAACCCAAUGGACUUCUUCACCAUGAGGAAGCGUAUUGAUGCUCAUGGUUACAGGAGUCUGGAGGAGUUUGAGGCUGACUUCAACCUAAUCAUCACCAACUGCAUGACGUAUAACGCCAAGGAAACAUUCUUCUACAAGGCUGCCCAACGAAUGCAAGACCAUGGAGGCGCAAUCCUCAGAAAAGCACGGAGAGAUGCUGAGAGGAUUGGCUUUGACUUCCCCAGCGGGAUGCACCUCCCUGAAGCCCCAAAAAUAGAGGUGUCUCCAUCUUUCUCCUGGGAGGAUGUGGACCGGCUGCUAAACCCAGUUUACCGGCAGCAUAUGCCCUUGGAAGAGCAGCUGAAGGAGCUACUGGAGAAGCUGGAUCUCAGCACUGCCAUGAAGCACAGCCCUUCACGCAGCAAACGGCUCAAACUGCUGAAAAAGACCAUUAUGGAGGUCCGCAGUGAGAUGAGCCUGAAGAAGCCCCUUCUGCCUCCCCCAGAACCCAGCCCACCCCAAUCGGAACUGCAGGAGAAACCACUACCUGAACCCUCAACUGAAGGCUGUAUGCUAGAGGAAGAGGAGAAGUCUUUGCCUCCGCCAAAACUUGAGCCAUUAAUUUCACCACCGCAAGUUGAAAACUCAGGAGGUGAUUCAGAGCCACCUACUUUGAAGCCUGCCAAAUCCAGUGUAGAUGACAUUCAGAUGCAUGUCAAUGGCGAGAGCGACACCACGACUGCUACCUCCGUACACCAGGAUGCUCUCAAUGGGCGUAUUCCAGACCCCCUGCUUUCUGACAGCGGUCUCGGUGUCAUGGCCACCUCUGUGUUUUCUGAAGCCUCUGUCACUGGCAACAGACGGACCAAUGUGCUCUUCCGAAAGUCCAAGAGUGUCAGCCCGCAGAAACCCAACAAAACGGUUGAAGCAUCGACAGGUUCCCCACCACUCGGUGCCAAAACCUUUCUCUCAGUUGUGAUUCCUCGCCUCGAAACCCUUCUCCUGCCUAGGAAGAGGGCCCGUAGCACUAGUGGAGAUGGUGAGGAGGAGGAAGAGGAAUCCCCAAUCAAACGCCUUGAUACAGGACUAGCCAAUGGCUUUGUGGUGGAGGAAGAGGAGGUGAGUCUGCCCACUCCUACCAGACCCCUGGAGCCUCGUAGACGUUGCGCAUCAGAGUCCAGUAUCUCCUCCAGUGGAAGUGUCCUUUGUAGCACAAGCACGGUCGUUGUGCCAAAGAGCAGCAAAGGGAGGCCGGCUGUUGCCCGGCGGAGCACUGUGGAUGAUAAAACUGCUCUCAUCACCUGUAUCGAAAAUGGGGAGUUCACAAAAGCAGCCAAGAUUGCAUCAGAAGUUGGCAGCGGAAAUGUAUGGAUGCCCACUAGUGCCUCAACAUUUGUUCUGGAACCUCUUAAACUAGUUUGGGCAAAAUGUAGUGGAUAUCCCUCCUACCCUGCCUUGAUCAUGGACCCCAAAAUGCCGAAGACGGGGCACCAUCACAACGGGGUAUCCCUGCCCCUGCCCCCGCAGGACGUUCUCAAAGUCGGAGAGCAGAUGCAGUACAAGUCCGCCGAGAAACUCUUCCUCGUCCACUUCUUCGACAACAAGCGCAGCUGGCAAUGGCUUCCUAGAUCCAAGAUGGUUCCUUUUGGGAUGCAUAAGACAGUUGACAAAAUCAAGCUGAUGGAGGGCCGUUCCUCCAGCAUUCGUAAAGCAGUGCAAACGGCCUUCAACCGCGCCAUGAGCCACCUCAACCAGGUCAGGGAUAAGCCUAGUGGCAAACCCAACAUCAAGGACUAAACCCCUCCAACGGCAACCCCUCAUUUCCUACCAGCUCCCUUUCAGUCCCGACAGGACAUCUUUGUC